AUGCUCGGCUCCAACAACAUCGCCGCCGCUGCACUGUGCGUCGUCGCGGGCCUGUGCAUCGUUCCAACCACCGACGCGGCACUUCGACUCGAACGCGAUCCGGCAGCGCGUCGAAGCGCGUCGCCCUCCGAGGCAUUGGGGUCGAGCAGUGCGAGCCCCUACCAACGCCAACUCGGCCUCGAUCGAUCAGAGCUCGUCAAAGCGGGUUAUGUCGAGGACGCCGCAUCUGCCUAUACAUCUUUGCACCGACGAAAACGAAGCGGACGCCGCGCGGCCGUUCGUUCGGCCAGGGGUCCAGCACGCUCGGACGCGUUGAAAGGGAGCUUGAGUCGGCGCAAGCGAGUCGCCAGUAGGGCCACCCCGACGGAGUCCGACGCCGAGGAGACCUCGCCAACCCUGCUCAGACCCUUCGACUACGCCAACGACAAGAUCAGAGGGGUCAGUCUAGGCGGUUGGCUCGUCACGGAACCCUUCAUCAAGGCCUCGCUCUACCUGGAACCGAAUCGCGCGGAUUGGCGUAAGUCGGCUGCGCGCGCUCUAGUCGGCGUUUCCGCUAAACGCAUCGAUCCUCGGCCGGAGGGUACCCAUGAGCGGUUUCACUGAUGAGUCGGAACAACCCACUUGCAGGAAUCCAAGAUGAAUGGACCUUCUGCCAGUAUCAGGAUCGUGAAGUCGCGGCCACAGGUGAGCAAGCGAAUCAAACGCCUUCAUUGCCAACGGCUGCGAAUGGUCACACCAGCAAAAGCUGAGUAUUCACGCUUGCAUCUCCUAUCUCAGCAUUGAGGGAUCACUGGGAUUCAUGGAUGACGGAGCUUGACAUCGAGGAGAUUGCGGAAGCCGGUGGGUCAAGUUCUGGGACAACUUUCAGCUCUAUGCUCGAAUGCUAUGAGAGUUUUUUCCACCGAGACUCACAUGUUCCUCAAACCUUCUCCCUCUCUCCCUCUCUCCCUCCAUUGCUUCAUUGCCUCUUGAUUUAAUUCAGGUCUCAACCAUAUCCGUGUACCGGUUGGGUACUGGGCCGUCGAUAUCGACACAGCGGCAGGAGAGCCUUACAUUCCCGGCUCGCUCUACUAUCUCGACGCGGCCAUCAAGUGGGCGAAGAAGGCGGGCCUGAGGGUACUCAUCGACUUGUAUGUUUCUUCUGUGUAGGUGAUCAUCGAGCCCGGUUUCAGACCAUUCACCUGUUUUCACCGCACUCGAGCAGGCACGGCGUGCCAGGGUCUCAGAACGCUCUCGACAACUCGUAAGACUUUGGAAGGAGGGUCAAAGCAAUGCCGAGUAGAUGGGCAAAUGUCUGAAUUGACCUCGAGUCUUUUCUUUGUAGUGGUCGACGUGGAAGCAUCGAGUGGAACAAGAAUGCGACCAACUUAGUCAGGACCCGGAAUGUGCUCAAGGUGCUCGCCGACGAAUUUUCCAAACCAGAGUACCAGUAAGUUGCUAGUGAUUGAACUGCUUCACGAGUAGCGUGGAAAUUGACAUGAACUGUCUCACUGCUUCACAGCAAUGUCGUCACUGCCAUCCGUGCGUUCUCUCGCAUGUGUGUUCUCAUUGAAUGUCUGUACUGACGGUUAGCUAUGCCUGUUUAGAACCCAUCAACGAGCCGUGGGGUCACGAGCCUGGUGUUCUCGCCGCUGCCGAGGACUAUUACUAUGAUGGAUUCCAGCUCGCGAAGUCAGCUGAUCAUCUCGGCUCCGUACCCGCACGCAUUACUUAAGCUGAUCCUCUCUUUCGACGAACGCUGCGCAAUUUGCAGACUUGAUGGUACCGACCCGUCUCGCUCGUUGCUCUACGUGAUCCACGACGCUUUCAGGGGAGUAUCGCACUGGAAGGGUAAGUUCAGAGUUCCCGAACCUCGGCAGGGGUUGCAGUAGCUGAUGUGAUACCUCCGCACCGCCAAGACUUCAUGCGUAACUCAACCUACGAAGGCAAAGUGAUGAUCGACACGCACAUUUACUCUAUCUUUGACGAGCAAGAGAUUCGCUUCUCGGAAGCGCAGCGGAUCGAACACUAUUGCGAGUACGGACAGUACCUCUCGCAAAUCACCGCAGGUGGGUUACGCCCUGUCGUAGGAGAGUGGUCGACGGCGCCGACGGACUGCAACCAGGCAUUCCCCGGAGCAAAUUACUCGAGGCCGGAGCAACAGAUCGGCUGGCCGUCGCGCUAUGAUGGCUCGUAAGUCCUUCUCGCUAUUGCGCGCUUUCUGCUUCAAACGCUCGAUCGAGGCGAGAGAGAGAGGGAUUGUAGCAUCAUCUUCUGACAUGUCGAUUCUUUCGAUACAGAUGGCCAGGGACCAGAGCGAUGGGCAGAUGUCGGGACAUCUCGGGGAACGGUGAGAAGUUCGCGAUGGAUUACCGCGAGCAGUUAGGGCGGUUGUGGGAAGUGCAAGUCUCGACGUAUGAGCAAGGCUCGGGCUGGAUUAUGUGGACUUGGAAGGUGAGGCUUAUAGAAUCCUAAAAUCCAAUGCUCUGCGCUCGUCCAACGUUCCUGCAAGUGCUAAUUAUGUGCAUCGCCUACGACCCACAGACCGAGACGACCGCCGACUUUUCGUACCAGGCCGGUCUCGACCACGGAUGGAUCCCCAAGGACGUGACGCAACGCACUUGGCAGGAUCUGUGCAAGGUCUCGCCUCCUCAACGUCUUCAGCUCGGCACGAUCGAGGACAGCGGAGAAGCCGACGAGCUGCCGACGGACUUCUUGGCCGUCGGAGAAAAGGUGCCGUCGUCGAUCGAGCUGAAAGAAGACGAUACGACGGACGAGCCUGUCGCGGUUUAUAUAGCGAACACACACGGGCGCUUCGACGCUCUCUAUGACACGGCCUCGACGGUCUUGUUGCUCUUUGCCGAUGCGAUCGACGUUUUAUUUUUGUAUAUUGGGUUCUAG